GGCGUUACCAGAGAAAUCUGACGAUGACGUGUUUGUGUGUGUGUCAUGUGACCACGCUGGGCGUGUCUUAAAUUAGUUUCCGGAAACAUGGAGGCUGUACUGAGUGAUGUGGUGGCUCCUGAAGACCUUCUAAAAUUUGAGAAGAAAUAUAACAGCGAACUGGCGAAGGGUGCUGUCUCCAAAGAAACAAAGUUUGAAUAUGCUUGGUGUUUGAUCAGGAGUAAAUACUCACAGGAUAUCAAGAAGGGGAUUACACUUUUGGAGGAACUGGUUCAGAAAGCAUCAAAGGACGACUCACGGGACUUUUUGUUCUACCUUGCAGUGGCCAACUACAGACUCAAAGAAUAUGAAAAAGCUCUCAAGUAUAUCCGCAUUCUCCUAAAGAAUGAGCCGGGGAACAAGCAGGCUCUUGAGCUGGAGAAGCUCAUUGACAAGGCUUUAAAGAAAGAUGGCCUUGUUGGCAUGGCGAUCGUCGGGGGAAUCGGCCUUGGCGUGGCCGGUUUAGCGGGCCUCAUCGGCUUGGCCGUGUCAAAAGGAGCUGCCAAAUCCUAACCUGGGUGUGAGAGGGAACAUCAAUGUUUUGCUGGACUCACACACUGACCAGCCUGCAUAAAAAUAAAAAUAAAGCUUUUGUACUAAAAGCUUGGAAGACGUAUAAUUUUGAUUUGAGGGUGAAUAUAAACUGCAUUAUUUAAAAGAUUUGAAUAUUGCCAGCUGUAACAAGGGUGAAAAUCGUCGUACAUACAUUUGUUGACACACUAAUAACCUGUCACUUCCUCAUUUGUUGUUUAAACAAACUAUAAUAGGAGAGGUGUCGUUUAACCCUUAUAUAAUUUUCAUACUGUGCACUUCAGCCCAAAUAUUUACAGCUUGUAAAAAGAAAAUUUGUCCAGAUGCAUGAUUUUGCUUCAGUUGUUGUUCGUUGCACUGAUUUUUGAAGCGUUACAGAAAGUGUUACUGAUGAAGCGGAAAGUGAAGCCUGUAAUCCUGUAAUGAGGGAAGAGAAUCAUUUGUUUGGUGGUGACGUCUCGGUGACUCUGCCAUACUUCUGCUGCCGCUGCUGAGGAGGCAGUGAGCAGAUGUUUGCAUUUACUCUGGAUCCAGCUCUUAUAAUGGAAAUUAAACUGUUUUAUGUUGUGUAAAAAGCAUUUCCUAACAUUAAUAUUAAUGGGUUGUUUUCCAUCUCUAUUAAUAAAAUGAUUUUCAAAUGAGA